AUGGUGCGGUCAGUCGCCACCAGAGCAAGCGGUCUAUUCAACCCUGGCAGGGAUCAGCUGGACCACCCCACCAUGUCGGCGACAAGCAGCCUGGCACCGGCGAGCACCGUGGCCAGCAGCCUUGUUCCAGACAGUACCCCACAAUCGACCACCACAAAAAAGAAAGUUAAUCUGGAAGUGUCCCUGUACAAGAGAUUUUAUCUACGCUUGGUUUCAGAAUCAACAACUCUGGAGGAACUCACCAAGUCAACUGAACCUCUCCAAGACUAUCUUGCCAAUGCAGGCUGUCUGAAGCCACUGAAAAGUGUUGACGACAGGGAUAGACUUGUGGAAGAUGUCUUGAUGUUUCAAGUCAUCAACCGAGUCCGUGGACCAUUUGAAAGGUUCAGAGAUGGGUUAAAAACGCUUGGAGUCCUGGAGCAGAUCCAGAAUCAUCCAGAAUCGUUCAGUCCAGUGAUGUGCUACAAUCCAAGGCCGCUGACCGCUGACCAGGUUGAUGGGCUGUUCCACAUCCAGUGGUCAGAGGAGGGGAGCAACCAGAAAAGAGAGGAGAGAACAGUAGUUGCUUUCUGGAGGGACUAUUUGCAAGAUGUUGAAGAGGAAGAUGGAUCAAAGAAGUUGGGGGACAUCCUAGCAUUUGCAACUGGAUCUGAUGCAGUACCACCAAUCGGCUUUUCUCCUCAACCAUCUCUUGAAUUUCUUCACCCUAGGUGGAGCAGCAAGUUCCCUGUUGCCAACACCUGCAUCAGCUGUCUUCGACUGCCGAUCUACAGCACGUACGAUUGUUUUAAGACCAACAUGGACUUUGCAAUAAGAAACACACAGGGGUUUGGCAUGCCAUAGAUGAUGAAUUUAAAGUUCAAAAGUAUAAAAUGUAACAGUAUGUAAAAAGAAAAAAAAAAAAAUCUGACAUUUUGUUUAUUGUACAAUUACAUGGUAAUGUCGGUAUCCACUCCAAAAAUGUGUAUAUGUUGGAAAUUCAAAUUACUGAAUUCACACUAGACACAAGUUUGCUUGCUUUGUUAACUUCAGUGGAUACAUUUCCUAGUAAGGGCUUACAUUUGUCCUGUUUGUUUGAGUAAGAAUGGAGCCAGUUUACUUGAUGAAUUUGUUUUUAUUGUCAAGUUUAAUUAAAGUGUACUUUACUUGUUGAAUGAGCUUGGGGGUUCUGUUGCAGAAUGUAGAUGUGUCCAAUCUACAUUUUUUUUAUACAGGUACAUUUACAUAUUAAUAAAUGUUCUAUGUAAUAAUAGCCCCAUCUCUUAAUUCAAGUUCAAGUUUAUUGACAUACUAGACAUCAACUAGCAACAUCAAUAUCAGUAGUGAAAUUCUUAGGCUAAGAGCCAACUCAACUUUGCACACUAGAGAAUCAUUCACUUAGUCCUCUGGGAUGUCUUGCUUGCAAAAAAUGUAAAAGAGACAGAAAUAAUUGUAUUCCAUGAUUUCCAUCAUUCAUUAAUGGGUCAAUUAAUUCUUGAAUUUCUUGCAUGGUACUGUUGCUUACAUGAACACUGUUUUCAGGAACCUCAAUAUUAUUCCUGCUCUCUACUGCAGGUAGCGGUUCACCAUUAUCAGUGCCUAAAUGUUGAUCAAUCUGAAACACACCACGUAUAGCUGUGUUGUUGCUUCCAAUAUGACUGACAACACCUCUAUGCCACAAUUGCAAUGGGGUUUGGCUUCCUUGGGUAGAGAGUCCAUGGUUAUUCCAUUGGCUCCUGAAUUCUCUUACUCCCCUUCGAACCCGAGGUAAGUAAAUGUAAUGCAAACAAAAUAAAUGAAGAUCACAAAGAGAGUCAAGUAUGCCUUCAUUUUCCAUAAACGUAAAUAAGUCAGAGAAGUAAUAAGAAACGACUCGGUUUAGUUCUGCCCAUAGCCUCUCUAUUCUUUGGUUGUGUACGCUGCGCCCCAUGAUCAUACUCCCUCUAUUCACCCCUCUAU